AUGUAAACCUCCCUAUUUUUAGAAAUCGAAAAGUUCACUAAAUGUUAGAAUUGGAUUGAAACUUAAGACUCUACUGCUUCAUCUAAUAAUGAUCUUUUCCUUUUUGGUUAUAGUACUUUAUUUUGUAAAUUCUAUUUCUACAGAAUCUAAACUACUCUUUUCUACAGAAACAGAUUCUUCCUCCAUUGAGUAAUUCGAAGCCGUUUCUACCAUUUUUAAUCAAUUCCCUGAUAAAUAAACCAAAGAGAACGAUAACACUCAAAAUUAGUUCAAUAUUUCAUUACAAACUGUAAUAUCAAAUUAACAAUUAGAUUGCUUAAGAUAAAAGAACCACUAUAAUGAUUAAAAACAUUCCUAAUAAUUAUUCUGUUCAAAGACUAUAAAAUGAGCUAAAUUUUAAAUUUUAUUCAAAAUACGAUUAUCUUAAUAUACCUUGUGAUUUAGAAGGAGGUUUUGCCUUUAUCAAUCUUAAAAAUAAAAAAUACCUUCAUGAAUUCUUUUUGACAUUCAACAAUCGACCUUGGAAUUUCAAUAAAAAAUAAGUUUAUCAUUUUUAUUAUUUUAGAAAUGUGUAUUAAAAUAUGCAAAAGUAUAAUAUAAUGAAACUUUGAUGAAAUAUCCAAAAAAGAUAUGUCCAGAUAUAUAUUCUAAUUCACAAUAAGUUUUUGAUUUGAUAAAAAAUCAAAAAAAAGAAUUAAAAUUAUGA